AUGCUCUUGCCAUUUUCUCUCAACGAGUUCGAUGGAGACCAUUGGGACAUUCAUCUCGCUGUCUACUAUCGCCUUACCGAUGCUCAGGUGAGCGCUAUCACGAAUAUACGCAUCUAUCUCGGGAAACUGGAUGUACAAUACAAGCAUAGCUUGAAGAACGAAUGUGCAAUUACUAAGCUUGGCAGUGAUUUGACCUCCACCCUACAAGCCUUAGGUCGACUUCGUGGACUUCGCCAGCUUACUAUUGAGUGGACAAGUUGUCAUAGUGGGGUGCAGGACUGGCUUACAACGAAGAAGGUGGUAUUAGAAAUGGCGAAGAAGGAGCUCGGCUCACAGCGGAACCAUCGAAGGUGCCCCCUCCUCCGUCUACCAGCAGAGCUUCGCAAUAAAAUAUACGGAUACGUUUUCCUCUCCCACCCUGUCCGCCCCUUCCGCGAGCAUAGGGAGUGGCCCCAUUGGGCAUACCCUAGGUCGCAGUUGAACCUACUUGAGACGUGUCGUCAGAUCUACUUUGAAGCCAAGCUCUUCCCAUUCGCCCUCAAUGUCUUCGUCGGCUACGCAGAGCACGUCAUCGAGUUGUUGCUUACAACAUUCACGGCUUCUCAGACAAACACCAUAUCUACUGUACGACUAUAUGUUGACGCCUUCGGAGUCUAUAGAGACGGUAAACUCCCAGAGAUCGGACUCAAUGCCUGGUUUAUCGAAGAACUGGGGGACAUGUGUCAGCUCGUUAGCCUAAGCGAGGUGACACUGAUCUGGUUUGGCAGUGACAUUGAAGUUGUCAGAGAGCAUUUGGAGAUGGCUGUGUUGACGAUUUUCAAGGAAGCCGGUCGAGCAGACAUUAAGAUUUCGGUGCGGUACUUUGACUGA